AUGGCACCCAAGAAACGUGCCCGCUGCCAGAUAUGCGACGAUAACGGAUCGAAAUAUUCGUGCCCGAAAUGCAACGUUCUAUACUGUUCCGUGCCAUGCUUUAAACGACACAAAGGAACGGACGAAACCGGGACCGAAGAAAUGCUCCCAAAGCCCAAGCAGCUCAGACCUCUUACUUCGCUGAAAUGGCCCUACGUCCCAGAAGAAACCGCGUUUCCCGAUCCUCUCAAGCGUGACGACCCCAAACCGCUCACACUCCCUCAAUACGAGGCGAUAGCGACGUCCCCCGCCGUCCGCAAAGCGCUCGCCGCGCAUCCACGGCUGAACCAGCUCCUGACUUCCAUCGACGCCUUGCGAGGCCGAGAUCGGGAAGCUGAGCUCGAGCGCGCACUUGGCGUUUCGCCCGCAGGGGAAGACGGUCGCCACAACCCUACUAUAGCAUACGAGGACGGCGACACUAUCGCUCUACGUGAACUCGCUGAAGCGAUCGAAGCCGCCGUCAGGGGCGAUAAGCGAGAUACGCUUGGACUGGACUGGGGCGACCGAGCCUAA